AAAUCACUAAAUCCAUUUUCUUCUCUAUCUUUUCAUUCCUUCAAGAACAAAUUAAGACACAUAGUUAAUUACCUUUCGUCCGUGCUAAUUAAUUAUUAUGGCUAUUUUCCGAUUGCACUCUUUGGUUGCUAAUGCGAAACAAAUGAUCAAACUGCACCACACUACACAUCGAACAGAUGUUCCUAAGGGACACUUGGCUGUGUACGUUGGCGAAUUACAAAAGAAGAGGUUCGUGGUUCCUUUAUCUUACUUGGAUCAACCGUUGUUCCAAGAUUUGUUACGUAGGUCAGAGGAAGAAUACGGGUUCAGCCAUCCGAUGGGAGGACUUACCAUUCCUUGUGAAGAAGAAACCUUUGUCACUCUCACUGCACGAUUACACACUUCUUAGUUAGGAGUAAUUAUUAGAUGAGGCCGGGUGAAGCUCCACGAAUUUUGACACUAUGUAUUAGUUAAAUUUUGUAUGAUAAUUAUAUAUAGUAGCUAGAGAUUGGUUUAAACCAAAUCCCAUAUUCCAAAAUUAUAAACGGAUGGUUAAUUUGUACUUCUUUUAACAUAUUGAAUUAUUGAUUACACUGGCCGGUAA